AUAAAUUAGUCUUAAAGGAAAACUGUCCGGUCAUUCUGCUUAGGAACCUAAAUCCCGCAGAGGGAUUGUGCAACGGAACACGGCUUAUUUGCAAACACCUUAGACAACAUGCCCUUUGUGCAGAAAUUGCAGUAGGCCAACAUCGAGGCAAGAGAGUGAUUCUGCCUAGGAUUCCCCUUCAAACAUCUGAUAAUGAAAAAAAUGGCAUUCCUUUUAAACGAACACAGUUUCCAGUGAAGCUGUGCUUUGCCAUGACCAUCAAUAAGUCACAGGGCCAGACAUUAGAUCGAGUUGGUAUCUAUCUACGUGAACCCGUGUUCUCACACGGACAAUUAUACGUUGCUUUGUCUCGGGCUAAAAUGUCCAGUGCAGUUAGAGUCCUUAUAAUGCCACCAACAUUUUUUGCUACUAAAACUGUACCUGAAUCUAGAACAAGGAAUGUUGUCUACCGUGACAUCCUUGAAUUAGCUGCUAAAUGACUAUCUAUACUAAGAAUGGGUGACCUUUUGUUCAUUGAUGACAUCAAGCCUGGAAUGAAAUCUUGGACAGCUAUAGUAACGGUCCAAGAAAAAUUGAAUGUUGGCUCUGCACCCUCCACUCCAACAAAAUGGCAAAAGUUUAUUUUUGUUGACUCAAAUGGGUCAAAGGUCCAGGGAGUGCUUUUUGACUAUGCCAUACAGAAAAUGGGGCCUAAGCUCAAGCUUUACAAAAAAUAUCGCAUCUCAAAUGCUGAAGUCAGGGCUGCUGCUGAAAGGUUCCAGCUUGAUGGACUUAAACUCCAGUGGAUUAUAAGCACCAAAACUGUUGUUGAAGAAAUUGAUGAAGCUGAUUCAAGUGUGUUGCCGUUCCACUUUGAUUUCACGGCUUAUAAAGACCUGCCUCCUUACGUAGACAUGAAAUAUGAAACUGUUGAUGUCAUUGGAAUAGUCAUUCAUGCAUCGGCGAUUAUUCCAAUCCACAAAGAUUCACGUGAAUUACUGGUGCAAAAAUUUUGGCUUGUGAAUGAAGAAAUGAAUCCUAUUCUGCUGUCUCUUUGGAAUGAGUUCACUGAAAAUCAAGGAAAAUCUAUCACUGAUCUGAAAGACAAGCAUCCCGUUUUAAUAUGUCGCAGGCUCAAUGUUGUUAUGUACAAUGGAAUUGCUUUGUCAACUAGGAAUGACUCAGUUAUUCUUGUCAAUCCACCAGUCAGAGAAGCUAAUCAGCUAAAGCAUUGGGCUGCCAGGAAUGAAAAAAGCUUUGCGGGGCUUUUCAGGAUAACAUGCAUGCUAAACAAAGUUUCAUGGGUUAAGGCAUAG